AUGGCUGCUGCAGUGCCCUUGGCUGCCUACGGCCAGGGUCGUCGCCUCUGGGCAGCUUCGCGCCCACUGCUUUGCCGCGGUUGGGGCAUGGGGCUGCUGGCUUUUGGAGCCAACAUCUCGUUCACAGCCGCGCUGGUCUUGACGACUGCGAGCUCUGCGAUGACUCUGGAGCAGCUGACGCCCGUCUUCAUCGCAGGACUCUCCUUCUUCUGCCUGCGCGAGAGGUAUCGGCCCUGCCAGCUCUUUUGGCUGGUGGUGGCCAUCGCAGGCUCUGUGGUCACAGCGCGGAGUGAUCUGAAGGAGUGUCAUAGCGGAGCUUGUGACGGCUCGCAGCCUUUGCUGGGCGACUUGCUGGUCGUGGUCACUUGCAUCACAGCCGCCCUUUACAUGGUGCUCUUUAAGCUCAUCUUUGCCCACGGCUGUGAUUGGCAGACCUUCUUUACAUACUUCAUGGUCAAGGGCAUGGCCGUUGCCGUGGUCGGAGGCCUUGGUCUACUGUUCCUGCCAAGCUCGCAGCUUGGGCUUCCCAAAGGUGCGAAAGGCUGGUAUUACUUGUCCCUCAAUAUGAUCUUAAACAUUUGCUUUAACCUGUCGCUUGCCUGGGGUAUGUUAGUCGUCAGCCCCCUUGCCUGUCGACUCUUCGUAUUGCUGGGCCUCCCACUGUCGCUGCUUCUGGACUCCGCUCUCGGGAUCGCCAUCGUUUUCCAGCGAGUGCUCGGGGUCUUUCUGGUCACCUUGGGUGUUGCCGGCUUCGAGGCGGCCACGGGCGCGAAGUCCGAGCGCAGCGAGCGCGGCGAGCGAGGGGACCUUGAGAUCGAAAACGUGUCGGAUGCUCGGGACGAGGCCGAGGCCGAGUGCAUCACCAGCCCCCACAUUGCGGACAUUGCAGUGGAGGUCUCCGAGGAUACGACCUCCCAGAGUCAGGAGCCGGCUAGCUGGGGGUCGGAGACUCUUCUACUUCGCCCGGGACACCUCAUCAGAAGGCUGCAGCCGAGCGAGGACCCUCUCAGAGCAUUCGAGCAUGCACAGCGCGCCGCAGACGGCGCAGCUUGGCUGCCCGAUCCCGAGGAGAUGGCCCCGCACAUUCCUCGCGGACUCCUCCUGUUGGCCCGUCCUCAAAGCCUUGAAGAUUCGGCUGUGCCCAUGCCGACGCUUGUGGCAGUCGAGGAGGUCUGCAGGAGAUGCCCGUGGAUGCUGAAAGCGGAGGAUGGCGACAGCGACGAGGAGAAAGUCGUUUUGGACGACCGUCUUCUUCCCGCCCGGGAGCCUCGCCGGGUCGAAGUGUGCCUGAGGAAGGUGGGCCCGGAAGAUUUGCUGGGCUUCAGUAUGGAGGCGGAUGCAAUCCGGCCCGGCUGCUUGCAGAUUGUGUCCAUCUCCGAGAAGGGCCUACUUGGACGGCGCAAUGCGGCUGUGGACGCUGCGGAGCGUGCAGUGGAAGGCUCCUGGGUCGUUGAGGUGAAUGGCGUGGUGGAGAACCUGGAAGCCAUGCGCUGCGAGCUGGAGGCUGCAACCAUCUCGCUGGUCGUCCUUGUGCCCCAGCUGGAGGAGUCAGACGACUUUGGCCGGAGGAAGCCAAGCCGACCUGCUGUGAUACCGCAUGCCAAAGUCAAGGGGGAGGUGCCACUCUGCCGAUGCAACGGGUACUGCAAGUGUGGCCUUGCCGAUGCCCUGGGGCGGGCGCGCGAGGAUCAUGGGAAGUGGAACGUGGCACAGCCGGCCCUGCGCAUCAGCAAUUUGCACCCGGCUGUGACGGAAGAAAUGCUAUACAGCUUAUUUACAGAGCUGGCGCCAGUAGCCACCUUGCGUGUGGUGCGGGACACCAAGACCCUGGAGUCCGAGCUUCACGGCUUUGUGAACUUCCACACUUUCAACGACGCGCAGAACGUGCUGGAGGCGCUAGAUGGCAGGCCUUUGCAUGGGCGCAGAUGCUUUCUCAGCUGGUCCUCCCGAGCCAGGCGUGAGGAAGCAGAAGCUUGGGCACCACCACUCAGUACCAACGAAGGCGCGCGGCAUAUCCGGUCGUACCAGCUACCCGUCGCACCUGGCAAAGUUGAGCGUGAAGGCCACGGCAACACUGGCGGAGGGUGUCUUUUCGGAGCCUUUGGCACAGAUUCAGUCCCGUCCAUGGUGAACAGCAGGUGCGGGCAAAAGCACUCUCUCAGUCCUUGCUUGAAUGCGGGCCCUCAAGACCCAGUCCCAUCUGCAAAAGCAUUUUUGGGCUCAAUUUCCCAUGCACACUGGCCGGGGCAUUGA